CCUAACUUAUAUUAGUUAUAAGCUCAUUUGUCCUGCACAUUCUCUUAAAUCGUGCUUGCGGCAGCUCAGAACGUUCCACAUAUCAGGCAGCACGCAUCCUUUACAAUCGUUGAUAACCUUUUUGUUUGUGGAUAUUGUGAGUGCAUUGCAUCCAACGAGGGGUGCACGAAGGGUGUCAUGGCCCUCGCGCAUUGUGGAGCCAGAGCGCUUCCAUUGCAGCUUUCUUCCCUGGCGCGAUCUUCAAAAUGCAGUGCAGCCAGACGACUUCUUUCAGCCUGCUGCCAGCCCCUGAGUUCUGAGUGGCCCUCAUUGGUUCCCGGCCGCUCAAAUGUGGCGCUAUUAAGCAGCAUUGGAGGAUCUACCAGGGGUUUUGCGCACGGGUUUGGCAGCACACAUCCCAGCCUGCAGAAAGAAAGAGGUUUAGGGUUUGGGCUUAGGGCUAGCACGACAGAAGAGGUACUGACUGAGGUAGCAGAGGAGGCGGCGGCGGAGGUUUCGAAACCAAAUGGAGAGAGCUACAAGGGGCGGGAGAAGAUCAAGGACAUCAGAGGAGAGGAUGAGGGUCUGUCUAAGGUCGGGCAGCAGCUCGUGAUCAGGGGGUGGGUGCGGACUGUCAGAGCGCAGAAAGCUUUCGCGUUCAUGCAGGUAAACGACGGAUCAAAUCUUUCAGGGCUACAAGUAGUGAUUCAUCCAGAAGCGGCGGGCUAUGACAAGAUUCAAGACGGGACUGUUGCCACAGGGGCUGCUGUGGCAGUCGAGGGGGAGCUGGUAGAGAGCCUGGGGGGCAAGCAGAAAGUGGAGCUGAAAGCCACAAAGCUGACUGUGGUUGGCGAGAGUGAUGGUUCAACAUAUCCUCUGCAAAAGAAGAACCAUACCUUGGAGUAUCUGCGGACUAUCGCCCAUUUACGGCCACGGACAAACACAAUCGGAGCAGUGUCGCGCGUUCGCAGCGCGCUCGCCUUUGCGACGCACCAGUUCUUCCAGUCCAAGGGGUUCACCUGGGUAGCCACGCCAAUCAUUACGGCAGCCGACUGCGAGGGCGCGGGGGAGCAGUUCUUAGUCACCACAUUGGUGCCGCAAAAUGGUAAUGCGGCAGGCGUGCCAACGACGAAAGAGGGGAAGGUAGACUUUUCUCAGGACUUUUUCGGGAAGCCCGCGUACCUGACGGUCUCGGGGCAGUUGAACGCCGAAGUCUUCGCGACCGCCUUGUCUGACGUGUAUACUUUCGGCCCCACCUUUCGUGCGGAGAACUCGAACACCUCCCGACAUCUAGCGGAGUUCUGGAUGCUGGAGCCGGAGCUUGCGUUUGCGGACCUGAAAGACGACAUGGCGUGCGCGGAGGCCUACCUGCAGCACGUGGUGCGUUACGUGCUGGAGCACUGCCGAGAGGACCUCGCGUUCUUCGUGGAGAGGCAAAAGAAGGGCCUGCCCAAAGGAGAGAAGAACGUCGUCGAAAGGCUCACGGACGUCGCUAACGCGCGGUUCGCCCACGUGACCUACACCGAGGCGGUGGACAUACUGCUGAAGGCGAAAAAGAGUUUCGAGUUCCCGGUCAAGUGGGGCGCAGACUUGCAAAGCGAACACGAACGGUACCUCACGGAAGUGGUGUUCAAGGGACAACCCGUUAUCGUGACCGACUAUCCAAAGGAAAUCAAGGCGUUUUACAUGCGAGAAAACGACGACGGCAAGACGGUUGCGGCCAUGGACGUACUAGUUCCUGGGGUUGGCGAGUUGAUCGGAGGUAGCCAACGCGAGGAGCGGCUCGAGGUUCUCGAAAAGAAGCUAGAGGAUUUCAAGCUGGAGAAAGAGGCCUUCUGGUGGUACUUGGACCUGAGAAAGUACGGGUCAGUACCACAUGCCGGAUUCGGCUUGGGUUUCGAACGGUUGGUUCAAUAUGUGACGGGGGUUGAGAACAUUCGAGACGUAAUAGCCUUUCCACGCGCGCCAGGUUUAGUAGAUUUCUAGCACAGACACACGGACUCGGAAGAAAAUGGCAAGUUCUUCCGAUUGAAUGGGCGCAUUUGGUGGUGCCGGCCUCCAGUUGAACAUAGUAUCUCAUUUGCAGUCCCCAUUCUGCAAUUACGUUCAAUGGACCUAAAGGUCUUUUUGUGCAUAGCUAGCGCGUGCAUAGUGGAUUCAUUGGAAGCCGGGCGUCAGCAUUGCAUGCGAUUGCAUAUAUUUGGAGCCCUUAGGACCAAAGCGCACUGUUGUCGAACUUGCACAAGAUGCCGAUUGAAGGCUUCGCUGAUGCAUGCGAUAU